AUGCCUUUUGAUGAGCAAGUUGGCGACCCUAUCGAAGACGAUCUCGAGAUCAACGACGACGAAUUCUUUGAUGACGAAGACGAGCGAGACUAUGCCCCUCGUGCACAUCCGGUUGCUUGCCAGACAACCGAAUCCCUCAAGGCAUUUCAUCAGCAACGAGGGACAACUGGAGAAGACUUUCGGCUCCGCAUUCUCAAGAUCUUGGACUUCAUGCAGUCACAGGCAAUGAAUACAGCAUUGUUCCUUCACCACCUCUGCUGGAACACGCCCGAAAUCAUCACUGAUGCGCGCUGCAAGUACGAGCGCACCUCUGUAACACAUAGCAAGGAACUUAAAGGGGUUCUGCGAAAUUUGUAUCGCCCACCACGCGGGCACGGCCGCGGUGUUCGCUCCAGAGGCGCUGUCGAAGCGAUGACCGAAGUCGCGCAAGAAAUUGUCACUCGGCAGGUCAACUACGAAAUGCGCGCCCUUCACCCGAUAAUGGAGGCCAAGCCAGCGGAUUUCAGAGAAGAAUCGCUGCUACAGAUCACCCUCGACGAUAUGAUCUCACGUGUUCGUGCUGCGGCACCCACCUGGUGGUCAAUCUGUAGCAAUGCGGCCUUUACUCCCAAGCAAGCUGCCAGAAACACGAAGAAAUCAAGUCCAGACACAGCUAUUCUCAUGGUCACGUCGAUCGUGAGCUUCAGUCGCUCAGUCCGUCGCUGCAAGAUGCAACAGCUCAUGAGUGCGUACCUUAAGUCCUGCGGCCUCAAAGCACGCGCCUUCGAUACUCUCCAUGCGCUCUAUUUUUGUAUGAGCCAGAAGACCGUCUAUACAGCCGUUGAUACCAUUGCGGAGACGACACAGGAGCGGAUGAAAGCUGACGUGAAGGAUUACCCAAUCCGUGGUUCGCACGACAACAUAAACAUUAGAUUUCAAGCGUACGAGCAACGCACUGACAACAAGUCUCACUUCGACAGCGGCACGGCUGCGACUGUCUAUCCGGUCAAAGACCCUGAUGCUGUACCGCCGAACGCUGCAGCGUACCAUGAAAAAAGGGCUGCUGGUUCUCAAAACUCAAUUACCCCCCUCGAUAUUUUUGAGCUUGAGUCUCAGGCCAGCCCCCGUAUUCACACCCGUGCCGUUUAUCAGAUCAUUCGCUUCCUAAUCGAUUCGGCACCGUUCGACUUAUCUACCUAUGAGCACAAGGAGAGCGAGCUCUUCAAGCCUCCUCCACCUGUUCACCAGCUACCAACCGGUCCAGAACACGCCCUGUGUCAAUACAUGCUAGGCACGAUCCACCAAGAGGAGGCAUCGUACGAAGGCAACGAGCGCUGUAUGCAUGAAUGGUUGCGGCAGCUCGGCCUGGACACUGUCGAGAACAUGAAGCACAUAUCUCAAGAGCAGCUGAUUGUUUGGAUGGGCGAUCAACUGACAAGCUCGCGCUUCCGUGGCCUCAAGAAUUUCAGGUCACAGGACCUGAAUUCCGCCCAGCGGUUCGAGUUUUUAAUCGAAUUGGCUGGCUGGUUCCACGCCCAGAUCAAUCUGGGCUUUUCAUUCCACCAUCAGUACUACGGAAAGCCCGGAACGAUGGGUCUCAAGCAUGCGAUCGACCUUCUCGAGCGCAAAAACCUUGCGACUCCCUCGGUACAAGGGACCUUCCACCACAAUCUCGACGAGCUCCUUCACCACGUCGCCGAAGCGCACUUUCGGGAUGCUUGGUGCACCAUUGCGAACGUCGACUCUCUGGAUGAGCUUCGUUCUCGUACCCCUCAAGAACUUUCUAAGCUCGCGUCUAAGCUUUGGGAAAAACUUGCAUCAACUCAUGCUCUCGAUAAGCUGUGCGAGAAGACCAACGAGGCAGCUGAUGACUACUUCCAACAGGCCGUGAUGUUCAACCGUGACAUCCUCGACUACCUUGAGCUUGACGACGCAAUCAAGACAGGAGAUGUUGGCCGUGUGCGCGACCUUCUGCCGCGCCUCCUUUUCCGUUUCCUAGGUGGCGGACACACUAAUUAUGUCAUAGAGAUGUUAGAGCUUAUUCAAGCUCUUGAAUGCGAAUGGCCAGAGGAUCUCAAAGUUUGGGUUCUCAAGUAUUGCUGGCUUGGAAAUACCACUGGUCGGCCGGGCUGCUUUUCGCCCUUCGACUUAAUUCAAGAGCAUAAUAUCCGGGAUAUCAAGCAUAUAUUCGCCGUCUUUGGUCCGUACGCUACCUGGGAGUAUAUAAAGAAGAUCUCAGCUGCCAUACCCACUAUGCGCAAGGUCAAGGACCAUGUCGAGGCUGAUAUCAACCAUUUCCGCCGUGGUAAGACGCAUACGAAGCCUGCCAAGGAGAUCGAUGUCGCCAAACUGCAGCAGGCCUAUGCCGCAUCGAAGAUUCAUGUCUUUGACCCAACGCGCCCACGCCUGGACAUAGAGUGUCUGACUGACUACCUGCAACAAGGGUCCAAUCCGACGCUACUGCGUAAGACAAUCAAUAGAUGGACCGCGCGACGGGUUACGGCAAGAUCGACCGAGCAGGACUGGACCGACUACGUCGCACUUGCUGCGGCAAGCAUAGCAUGCAAUACACACACAAACCAUCCAGCUACUUCUACGCUGGGGGAUAAUUUAGGUGGGGAUGAAUGUCCCACCAGCUCGAAUAUGCACCAUGAUGAUUAGUGAUUCAAUUGUACAUGUGUAACGAAUAAAAUAUGUUCAAGACA